AUGCUAGACGGACGGCCGCAUGACGCCAAGCCCGACGAAGAGGCACAAACCGCGACUGUUCCAACUCAAUUGCCACAGCAGAAGACUGAAUCACCCCCUCGGCCCUCGUCAGAUCAGGUCGAAAUCUGCAUCGAGGCCCAUAAGCCUAGCCACGACGACCGGAAGGCACAGAGACUGUCUUCUGCGCCAUCGCCAGCCGGGCUGCGAAGCAGUCGCCAGAAACCCAGACAACCACCGAGGGUCCAAGAGGACACCAAACCUCUCAAGCCAUCCUGGCUAAAGAUGAUCAGUGGCGUGAUGCCGUUCGAGGGGUUCUUCGACCGGGGAAAGGGAAAGAUUCCCCGCCGUAGCUUGCUGCGACAGCGCACGACGUCGACGGAAAUGAUCAUCACCACGGAUGCAGCGGUGCAGCUAGAAAAGCCCGCCAUGGUGGACGACUCGCAGCAGGUGUCUGAGGCUCCCGUGACUGGUGGCUGGUUCGAUACCGCAUCCGUUUAUCGUUCGAAGCUGGACGCCGAGGUAACUCUUGGGCAGUGUAUUGAAACCACUGCUACACCCAAAAGAAGACGAAUCACUGAAAAUUUCGUCCCAAUACGUUUGGACGGAGAGGCUUCAAGGUCAAGUCGCACCACAUCAGGGAGUGCCACAAACACGGAAAAUUCUGAGCUGGUCCUCAGAGAUGCACAGCGUCACAAGGAUCGUGAUUUGGCUGUAGCGACCAUUUGUCACGACACAAUUUCCGAACCUUCGUUGCUGCAGAACACGUCCACAAAAUCUGCGGGGUCGUCGAAGUUUUCCUCAAGUCAAGAGUCACCCUCCAGCGAUCAUUCAGCAGUUGUACCGACCAGUACAACACCGGGACUUUUCACGAACCAUUCCAAGAUAUCACUAGGAGCUUCGGGGCAAGACUUUGACGAUCUCUAUCUACAGAUGCAAGGCCCUAGUUUGAAAGAAAUGACUGAGCUUUCUUCCAGUUGUAAUGCAACAUCGGACGGCGAAGAAAUAUCGCGCAAGAGUGCCGCAGGCAAGGACAUUGAAGUCGCCGUAGUCUGA